AUGCAACUGUCGCUGCACACCGGCCACGAUGGCAAAGGCAUAUCGCACACCUCGACAUCCGGCUCGAGUCUUACUCCCCCGGUUACACCAAUUGGCAAAGAAAGCAGCGAGCGCAUCGUCACCCCAUUAUCAGAACCUAGCGAUAAGCAUUCCGCAGCCCUAUUCAGACGCAACAUUACCACCCCGCUCCGCUUCACGGACGAACUAGAGCCAUGUCUCGACGAGCGCGGCCGUCGCAUCGAGUUCGGCGAGGGCGUCUGGAGUAAGGUGUACAAAGCGCGAUCAAUCCCAACCACCAAACCCGCCGCCACCAACAACACUCUCCUCGACACCCCACCCAGCUCCCCCAUCAACGCAACCCGAAUCGUAGCCGUCAAGACAUCCCGCCGCGGCGACGCAGGCCCUGUCUUAAAGACCGAAGCCCUAAUCCUAACCCAACUCACCCUCACUCCAGGCCACGAGAACCACAUCGUGCCAUUCCACGGCUUCCACGCCGAAACCCAGUCGCUGGUAAUGACCGCCGUCCCACUCGCGUUAUCAACAUACAUCGAAGAAGCAGCGAAUCGCGUCCGCAAUCAGCCUAUCACAACAGCCACCAUGUUCGACCCUUUCCUCGGCCCAGAGCCCUGGAAGGAUUUGGCCCGCAAGCUGAUUAGCAGUCUCGGCUGGCUCCACCACACUGCAGGAAUCAUGCACGGCGACGUCAAGCCGCAUAGCAUCUUACUCCGCCCUAUCGAGGUUGCAGAGGGACAGGACAUGACCAACGGCAAUGGCAAUGGCCCCAACGCCUUCCGCUACGAGCCGCUGUUGGCGGAUUUCUCCGCAGCAAUGGAUAUCUCGCCAGACCCCUCUGAGAGCGGUAAUGAAAAGAUUCUAUCCAGUUUCACGGCGCCUUUCUCCGCGCCUGAGGUCCUCAAAUCUCUUAGGCCUGGUAGUGGUAAUCCUCCACCGGGCCCGGCUUCGGAUGUCUUUUCCCUAGCUGCGACGCUUCUGGCCGCGGCGACGGGCGAUGUACUUUUGUAUCCUGGGUGCGAUUUCCGGCGCCGGAAUCUGAUGGCUGGGGAGGGGCAUCAGAUUCUGGAUUUCAUUCGCUCUUUUGGGAAUGGGGCGAGGGUUCCUAGGAAUGGGUUUGUUGAGAGGUUGGUUCGGCCGGCUGUUGUUAAGGAUCCGGCGCAGCGGAUUACUGCGAUUGAGUGGGUGGGUCUGGCGGAGGAGGUUUGUGGGGACGGGGUAGAAUGA